AUGAUGGGGUACCUAACGUGGUACCCGGUUUUUUUUAUGCUUUGCCCCAACAAUCGACUAAGUUACUAAGGGAGACGAAAAAAAUACCUAUUAAAAAAAUAAUUCCCAUAUCCGAAGGAAAGACGGGAAAACAAUAAAAAAAAAAAAAAAAACAUUUGAAACUUUUUAUAAUUUCUUUAAGGACUAUUAAUCUAAAAUAACUUCUUCAGUUUUAUACUUGUUUAUGCCACCUUUGAAAAAGUUUUUUGUUUCGUUGUAAUAAGCUCAAAAACUUUAGUAAAUUACAAAUACACUUAAACAUCAGACUGCGCCACGCCAAGAUGACAUUUCUACAGAACAGUACAAUCAAUCGAAAGUCGUUUCGUCACCGUAAGGUUGACAAUAAGAAACCACUACGAAUCUAUACACCAGGUGAAAUCAACGAAGAUGACUGUAUACCAGUCAGUAGAGCGGGAAUAGAAAUAGAGACAGGGGUAGAGAAGGAGGAGGAAGAGGAAUGGCAUUUAGUGAAUGCAUUAAAACUUCGUACAGAAUCAAUGGAAAAAGGAGCCACAGCUUCUGGAAAAGCCACGAUUCCUGUACCAACGUCAAGUCGACGUAUUUCAUAUUAUGCUGAUGUUUAUCAGACACACAAAUGGAAAAAACCUUCAACAUAUGUUAAAUUUUCUUUACCUGUUGAAGAAUGUAUAGGUUGUCUGUACUGUAUGGACGAAAAAGAUGAUAUAUGGUUAGCGGAGCAUAAACAAAAAAAUAAUUCAACGUUAACUGAAGAUCAAUUUGAGGAAAUAAUGCAACACUUUGAAAAUGUUGCAAAGAAUAAACCUCAAUUAUUGGCAAAGAAACAAUUCCCAUCUUGGCAAGAUUGCGAAGCAUGUCUUUCAGAAUCGUUACUUGUCUUGAAAAGCGAAGCCGAAAAAGUGUAUUCAUAUUGGAAGAAUAAACGUUGGGAUCGGCUUAAACAAUAUCAAAAAGUCGGCCCAUUAAUGUUUGAAAUAAAGACACAAGAAGGUAAAGAUGAAGAAGAUCAUCCAUGGACCUGUUUCCGUCGUCGUGAACUUAAACCUAUAAGAAGAACACGUCGCACAGAGACAGCAUCAUUUGAUAAAUUAAGGAAAAUAAGGAAAGAUAUAAAUUCUGGCCGUCAAAUAAUGGUCCAUGUAACGAUGAGAGAAAAAACAAAGAAACAGAAGAUUGAAUUAGAUCGUAAAAUUUUUGAGAAAGAAUGUACCGCCAGAGAGCUACGAAAGAAGUUGGGUAUUAGGAAUGAAAUAAGUCAUGAGCAACCAAAGGUAUAUAUAUAUUCAUUUAAUUUAUUGGUUGAUCAAGUAUAUUUAUAAAUUAUUUAAUCUGUUUUUUUCUCCUUGCAACUUAAUAGAAGAGCCGAAAAUCAUCUUUGGCGGACUUAUUAGGGUAUGUUCACAUUAAAUACCUUUUAACGUUUUCUAUUAUUAUAUUUACCUUCGAAUUUCAUCGC